AUGACAAUCAACGGAAAAUACUCUGUGAUGGAGAAAUUUGGAUUUCAUAAAGUAUCAAAUCAUCCAACUUCACCAACACAACCAAGAAUAAAUCAUAAUAUAGCUAUACCACAACCUCAUUUAUCACAAACGCCACCAAAAUAUACUGAAUCUAUUAAAAAAGUUUUAUUAGUAAGUAAUGCCCCAGGUAACGAUGUUGUUUUAUCAAAUAGAGUUGCAGUAAAUCCUGGAGAUUUUCAACAUAUACCAGAUAGAGCACCAAUUAUAUUAGAUGGAGUAUUUGUUUAUGCAAUUGCAAAAGAUGAUAGAGUUAAACCUGGUUAUAUUGGAUUAUCUGGAAACAUAAGAACUUGGGGUAAAUACUCCUUUGAUCAAAAAGUUCAUAUUGAAAACUAUGAUAUUUUCCAAAGUGGUCAACAACAACAAUAUUUAGGAGCUAUAGAUUUAUCAAUUGAUUUUGUAAAAGCAAAAUCAAAUAAUGCAAAUUUAAAUCAUGAUGAUUUAGUAAAUAUUUUCCAUCAAAAAUAUGAUAACCAAAUUUUACAACCUACUCAAGUUAUUUAUAUGGAUUAUAAUGGGAUAUAUUAUUCUAUAAAAAUUGAACAAGUACAAGUUAUUGAUGUGAAUACAAAAGAUAAUUUACCAAGUUUCAAAGAUUCAAGUGAUAUAAGUACAAAGGGGAUUUUCAUAAAAUCAACAGAUAUAGUUUUUUACCCAUAUGAAGGAUCUAAGAUUCAAAUUUCUAAAAGCAAAAGUUUAAAAUCAAGAAUAUUUGGAGGUAAUGGUGCAGUAGAGCAUAGAUCACGUUCAAGGAAACAAAUCAUAAAUCCAGAUUUCAAAUUAGAAGAUUUAGGAAUUGGUGGUUUGGAUAGUGAAUUUCAAGAUAUUUUCAGAAGAGCUUUUAAUUCAAGAAUAUUACCACCUGAUAUAGCUGAAUUAUUAGAUUAUAAACAUUGUAAAGGGUUAUUAUUAUAUGGACCGCCAGGCACGGGUAAGACAUUAAUUGCUCGUAAAUUAUCCAAGAUGUUAAAUGGUAAAGAACCAAAAAUUGUUAAUGGACCAGAAAUGUUGAGUAAAUAUGUUGGUGCUUCUGAAGAAAAUAUUCGUAAUUUAUUUAAAGAUGCAGAGGCAGAAUAUAAAUUAAAAGGUGAGGAUUCAGAUUUACAUGUUAUUAUAUUUGAUGAAUUAGAUUCAGUUUUCAAACAAAGAGGGUCGGGAAAAAGUGAUGGUACUGGGGUUGGUGAUAAUGUAGUUAAUCAAUUAUUAUCCAAGAUGGACGGUGUUGAUCAAUUAAAUAAUAUUUUAAUUAUUGGUAUGACUAAUAGAUUAGAUUUAAUUGAUACUGCACUAUUAAGACCUGGUAGAUUUGAAAUCCAAAUUGAAAUUGCUUUACCUGAUGAAAAAGGUAGAAAAGAUAUAUUUUUAAUUCAUACUAAAAAACUUAAAGAAAAUAAAUUAUUAACUUCAGAUGUUAAUUUUGAUGAAUUAAGUUCAUUAACUAAAAAUUUUACAGGUGCAGAAAUUGAAGGUUUAUGUAAUUCAGCAAAAUCAUAUGCUAUAUCACGUCAUACCAAAAAGGGAUCAUUAGCACAAAUAGAUGCAGAAUCUAUUGCAAAUAUGCAAAUUACAAGAAAUGAUUUUUUAUUAGCUUUAAAUGAUAUAAGACCAGCUUUUGGUACUGAUGAAGAAGAUUUAUCAAGACAAGCAAAACAUGGAAUAAUUCAAUUUAAUCAAACUAUAAGACAUAUUUUUGAAAAAGGUCAAUCUAUAAUCGAUGUUGUUAAAUCAAGUGAGACUGAAAAUUUAAGAAGCGUGUUGUUAUAUGGACCUCCAGGAGUUGGAAAAACUGCUAUAGCUACUACAUUAGCAUUAAAUAGUGAUUUCCCAUUUGUAAAAAUGUUAUCAGCUGAAACUUUAGUUGGUAUGGGAGAACAACGUAAAAUCCAAGAAAUUGAUAAUAUUUUCAGAGAUGUUCAUAAAUCCCCACUUAAUGUAUUGGUUAUAGAUAAGAUUGAAAAUAUUAUAAAUUAUAAUCCUAUUGGUCCUCGUUUUUCAAAUGAUGUUUUACAAGUAUUGAUGGUUUAUUUAACUAAACAACCACCAAAAGGUAGAAAAUUAUUAAUUAUUGGUACUACUUCACAAUAUUCGGUUUUAAAACAUAUGAAUCUUAUAGAUAGUUUUAAUGAUGUUAUUGCAGUCCCACCAGUUAAAACAAUUGAAGAAAUAAGUAAAGUUUUGGAAAAAUUAGGAUUUAUGACACCUCAAGAUAGAUCGAAUAUUUUGGAACAAUUAUCUGGAUAUGAAAUUAAUAUUGGAGUUAAAAAUUUAAUUGAUGUAUUGAUGGUUAGUAAAUAUUCUAGAGAUAGUGUUGAUGAAGUUGUUGAAAAUAUUGUUGAAAAAUUGAAUUCUUAG